AUGGAAUUAGAUUUUAAUUGCAACUCUCAUCUCUUAACCAAUUCACAACUUCAAAAUCCAAUACAAUCAUCCAAUUCAUUUUCAUACUUUGCAACUCCCGAUAAAGACACUACAAUUUCAUUACAAGAUAUAAUAGAUGGAACGAAGGUCAUGCAGGAAAUUUCAAAAGAUUCGACAACUUUUGAUUUAGAUUUGACCCAUUUUGACAUGGAUCUCAAUGAAAAUUCAUUUGAAUGGUUAAUUCAAGAAAGUUGUACCGAAACGUCAAAACAACUUGACACGUGUCAAUCAUUAACCGAAAAGGAACCUGAUGAGGAAUGUCGCUGGGGUAUUGAUGAUUUGAUAGAAGAACAUAUGAAGGAAAUGAAAAAGUUUAUUCACAAUGAGAUUUUAUGUCAAGAAUUAUUGACGGAAUCAUCAAGUUUGGAAUUUCAAGAUUUAUCUCUUGCGAAUGAAACAGAAAAUAAUGAUUGUUUGUCGACGAGUUCGAUAACAACAGCGAUAUAUAAUCAAGAAGUUAUAUGUCAAGAAGCUGCAGGGUUAUUAUCAACAACGAACAUGUUUAUGCCGCAGGAAAAUAAUUUCUCGUACGAUCCAUUAACGAUUGAAGAAACUCCAAAUUUAUUUUCAACAAAUUUACUGGAUAGUUUUAUAGAUUUGGAAUCUCAUAAAGCAAUCCAUAAUAUAAAUGAUGAAAUUUUUGUAUAUAAUGAUGUCCCAGGAUGCAACAUGAAAUUUGAAUAUCAACUAGAUUAUUUAAAUUGA